CAAAAACUAUAGUUCAAAAUUUGAUUACCAUCACAUUUUCUGAUUCAAAAGCCUGGAAAAAACCAAUUCCACUUGCUUUUUCAUGGCAAAGGAGUUGAUAUUUUUCUGGGUUUUACUUGUUUUUUCAGACCAAGUUUUUUCUCAACUAGAUCAGUUCAUUUUCAAUGGAUUUCAUGAUGCAGGCAACAACAUGAGUUUAACUGGAGUUGCAGACAUUGCAAACAAUGGCUUGCUUUGUUUAACUAAUACUUCUAUUCGUGUAAGUGGCCAUGCUUUUUACUCAUCUCCAAUUCAGUUCAAGAACUCAAGCAACAGCAGCCAAGUUUUUUCUUUUUCAACUGCUUUUGCUUUUGCCAUGGUUCCUGAGUUUCCAAAGCUUGGUGGUCAUGGCCUUGCUUUCACUCUUUCUCCUUCAAAAAACCUUUCAGGUUUCCCUAGUCAAUAUCUAGGCUUGCUCAAUGUAACUGACAAUGGGAAAACAAGUAACCAUAUUUUUGCAGUAGAGUUUGAUACUGUGAAAGAUUUAGAGUUGGAUGAUAUGGAUGAUAAUCAUAUUGGUAUUAAUCUCAAUAGCAUGGUGUCAAAUGCUUCAGCUUCUGCUGCAUAUUCUCUUGAAAACUCAACAGAGCAAGAGUUAAUUCUCAAGAGUGGAAAAUUGAUCCAGGCUUGGAUUGAUUAUGAUUCAACUAGAAAUCGAUUAGAGGUGAAAAUUUCUCCUUUUUCUGAGAAACCAAGGUCCUCAAUAUUGUCCUUUGAUGUGGAUCUCUCACAAAUUCUUGAAGAUUCCAUGUUUGUGGGAUUUUCUGCUUCAACAGGUUUGCUUUCAAGCUCUCACUAUGUCUUGGGAUGGAGUUUUAACAUGGGUGGACAGGCUGAAUCUCUAUCUCUACCUUCUCUGCCUUCUCUUCCAAGGCCUGCAAAGAAUCAAACUAUGCUAAUUCUCUGUGUUACCUUUUCAGCUUUCCUAGUAAUGAUGUCAGUCAUUUUUUUCUCAUUUUACCUUGUUAGAAAAAUGAAGAAUGCAGACAUAAUUGAGGCCUGGGAAUUGGAAGUUGGUCCUCACAGAUUCUCUUACCAAGAACUCAAGAAAGCAACAAGGGGUUUCAGAGAUAAAGAGCUACUUGGGUUUGGUGGAUUUGGCCGAGUUUACAAAGGAACUUUGCCAAGUACUAAUACUGAAGUUGCUGUCAAGCGAAUUUCUCAUGAAUCAAAACAAGGCCUAAGAGAAUUUGUCUCUGAGAUUGCUAGUAUUGGCCGUCUUCGCCAUAGAAAUCUUGUUCAGCUGCUAGGAUGGUGUCGGUGUGGAGGUGAUCUGUUACUUGUCUAUGAUUUCAUGCCGAAUGGUAGCUUGGACAAGUACCUGUUUGUUGAGCCUAAACGAGUUCUCAGUUGGGAAGAGAGGUUCAGGAUAAUCAAAGGUGUGGCUUCGGGUCUUUUAUAUUUGCAUGAAGAAUGGGAACAGACUGUAAUUCAUAGAGACAUCAAGGCAGGCAAUAUUCUGUUAGAUUCUGAUCUAAAUGGGAGACUUGGCGACUUCGGUCUUGCUAAAUUAUAUGAGCAUGGCGCCAAUCCAAUCUCCACCAGGGUGGUUGGUACAUUGGGGUACCUAGCACCUGAUCUUGCAAAAACUGGUAAACCAACCACAAGAACAGAUGUGUUUGCAUUUGGUGCACUUCUGCUUGAAGUGGUAUGUGGGAGGAGACCCAUUGAGCCAAAGGCACUGCCUGAGGAGCUGAUCUUGGUGGAGUGGGUGUGGGAAAGAUGGCAAAGAAGAGCAGUUCUUGAGGUUGUGGAUCCAAAAUUGAAUGGUGACUUCGAUGAGCUAGAGGCUGUUGUUGUGAUCAAACUUGGAUUGAUGUGUUCCAAUGAUGCGCCAGAGGCAAGGCCUACAAUAAGACAAGUAGUAAGGUACUUGGAGGGCGAAGUGGCACUGCCAGAACUGGUGCCAUCACCUUGCGGAUAUGAUAGCAAAAAGGGUAACACAAGUGGUGGCACAGGGUUUGAAGAUUAUGUGCAUUCAUAUCCAGAUUCAUCAUAUUUCGACAAGGCUAGCGCAUGCUCAUCAGCCUUCGAAGACAGGGAUGUUGAUAUUGAAGCAGGUUCAACAACAUCUCUAUAAAUAUCCGGCAGAGGAAAUGGCAGAUAGAAGCUUUGUGACCCCAUUAAAAUUUCUCUUGUAACAGGAUUUGGGGGACACCAAUGACAGAAUCUUAUGCUAAAAAGAAAUGACACUGUGGGAGGCACACGAUUGGUAUCCUUUUGUGAAAUUUGUGAUUUACAUAUAUACCACCAUCUCCUGUUGGAAAAGGAUAUGAUAGUUAAUAGCUUUAACUUGUAAUUAUUAUUUCUGUCAUGGUUCAUGACUGUGCUUGGAUUUGCUCAAGUUUCAAGCUCUAGGAAGAAUUUUGGGGAAACUAAUAUUUCAUGACAAUAAGUAACAAAUUCCCCUUUUUCUUUGGUGUGGGAGGGGAAAACUGAUUGUUGCGUAUGGCAAAAGCUCUCAGAUUCUGAUAAUUCAGCGCUUGAAUUCUUCAAUUAUGCAAUGCAACUAUUUUUUUCUUAU